AUGGCGAUGAGCAGUAUUCUGAAUGCUGACGACAUUAAGAGAGCUCUGGGAGCUUUCCGAGCUGCAGACUCCUUUGAUCAUAAACGUUUUUUUGAGAUGGUCGGACUGAAGGUAAAGUCAGCGGAGGACGUGAAGAAAGCAUUUCACAUUCUGGAUGCCGACAACAGUGGCUUCAUCGAAGAGGAGGAGCUAAAGUAUGUACUGAAGGGCUUCUCUACAGAUGGUAGAGAUCUGACUGACAGAGAGACUAAAGCAUUCCUAACAGCAGCUGACAAAGACGGAGAUGGAAAGAUUGGAGCAGAAGAGUUUGCUGCUCUGGUGCGUGAGUGA